CUUUGGAGCAUGUGGAAGAACCCAAAUGAUGGUGCUUUUCAUGGAGUGAACAAGACCCUGUCUGCCCCUUCUCUCUUGCAGGCUGUGAAGAUUCGGGCCGAGCUGGGGUGGAAGGCUUGGAAUGCGCCGAGCCCGCUGAUGGGGCGAAUGAAUUCCCCACGGAAUCGCAUUGAAGUGCAGGUCGGAUGGAAGCCACCUUCAGUUGGCUGGACGAAGCUUAAUGUGGACGGGGCGGCUAGUGCUAAUUCAGGAAUAGCUGGUGCAAGUGGACUUUUGAGAGGCGCCGACGGAAGCUGGAUCAGUGGAUUUGUUGCUGGUGUGGGCUCUUGUUCAGCCAUCUGUUCCGAAUUAUGGGCCAUUUUUCAUGGUCUCAAGAUGGCAUGGAGACACGAUUGCAGGACCCUCAUCGUUGAAACCGACUCUCAGCUUGCAAUUCAACUUGUGAAAGAUAGGUCACACCCCUUACACCCCUAUGCAGCGCUCUUAAUGGCCAUCAGACGUUUGUUGGCUCAAGACUGGAUUGUGAAUCUAGUUCAUGUAUACCGGGAAGGGAAUAGAGUCGCGGACUGGCUCUCGAAGCACAGUCUCGUCUAUCCCUACGGUACACAUGAAUUAGAGACACCUCCACAUGAGCUUCUUCAGCUGCUUCAGGAUGAUGCUGAAGGCGCCACUUUUGCUAGACUCAUAAUCCCCUCUCCCGGUUCUCCUCACCUGUAACCCUCCAUUUCCCUUCCUUUGGCGUAAUGCCUCCAUGUACUAAAAAAAAAACAAUAGUCAUUCAAAGGUUGAUUAUCGUUAGAUCAACCCUUAAUUCUAGCCGUCAAGAGAAAUUCGCAGAAUAUAAAUGACAAAGACACCGAAUAGUUUGGAAUAUUAAUGUUUAUUGAAGUUUUGAAAUAUAAAUGACAGACUAGUUAAAUGUUGAUAUAUUUAGUGGGAAUGUGUUAGGAUGGUUACUAAAUUUCUAGUAGCCACCUUGGCUACAUCAAUAUCCACCAUCCAUUCUUUUCUUUUUCCUAUUUUUUUAAUCUCACGAUUAUGAUUGCUCAAGGAUAAUUUUGAAAACAAAAAAUAAACCACACUGAAUUAUUCUAUAUAUACACAAACCCUAAUUCUACCCUCCUCCUUCCAGCCAAACCCACGCUCGCCGGCAGCCUCUCCCCUUCCCCACCGUCCCUCCCCCUGCCAUCUCGCCGUCCCUCUCUUCCUCCUCUACCCCUCCCUCCUUCCUCCCCCUCCUAUCCCCUCCCCAUCCCACCCCACCCCUCCCCCCGCCGACCCCAUCCCACCCCACCCCCUCCCCCCGCCAACCCAUCCCUCUCCCCUAUCCACCCCACCCCUCCCCCCUUCGUCCAUGCCUUCUUUCUUUCUCUCUCUCUCUCUACUCGGCAGCAGGGAGGAGUCGAUGGACAAGCGACCUGAACCGCAGAGGUCGUCAAAACAAUCGACGGCGCUGUUCAUCCUUUUAUUUCCGACCCUCUCGCCUCAAUGGUAUUGUUUUUGUUGCAUUGGUAUUGAUUUUGUUGCAUUGGUAUUAUUUUUUGUUGCAUUGGUAUUUAUUAUCAUGUAAUGGUAGUAAUUUGCAUGUACUGGUAUUGAUUAAAUCUGCAAUGGUAUUGAUUUUUUGUGAAAUGGUAGAUUGUUUAUAUUGGUAGUUUUCGUGUAAUGGUAUAGAUUUAAUUCUGCAAUGGUAUUGAUAUUUUUCAAAAUGAUAGUGGUUGUCUAAUGGAUUGGUAGUGAUUUCGUGAAAGAGAGAGAAUUGUAAUUAAUAGAUUCUUGUAACUACCUAAAAUGUAAUUUAUUAAAAAAAUUAAUUAAUACAAUUUAUUUUUUCGUACCCAAUUUACCCUUAAUAACCACAGUGAUUACUACUUUGUAGUAAUCAUCGUAACCUGUCCCUUAUAUUUAGUGGUAUUAGCGUAUUAAAAAACUAUACUUCGAAUGAGCAUCACUGACCAGUGACCACUGUUAUCAAUAUCAUUCCUUCAUUCUCACUCUAGUAUCUACCAAUACUAUGGCUCCAUCUUAGAAACAAACUUGCAUGCUUCCAUGUUCCGAGGAGGAGAAGAAUGAAAUGCAAAUACCCUAAGAAUGUGUUUGGAUAUAAUGAUUUGGAUUUGUGAUUUGUGAUUUGGAUUUUCAAAUAUAAAAUUAUGUGUUUGGAUAUGAAUUACAUUUGGUAUUUGGAUUUGUGUCAAAUUCAUGGGCGUGAGAUAGCAUGACUACCCCUAAAGGGGUUGGAAAAAUGACACCCCCUAUUAAUUAAAGGCUUUUAAGUAGGGCUACCGGAUCGGUUCGGGUUCGGGUAACCGAACCGAAAUCAACCAAACCCGAAAAGACGAGACCCGCUAUGUUUACAACCCGAACCCGAUAUGGGAAGUUUCGGGUUUCGGGUACCAAAACCCGAAGAUUUCCUUACCGGGUUCGGUUCGGUUAGACUGAAACCGAAACCCGAAGCUAAAGCACUUAUGACGUGGUAAACUCCAUAAGUUGACCAAAUGACUUGUUACCUUAGUCGGCGUCUAUAUGCAUGGGAUUAGCAAGUAUUAUGAUCCAUUAAUCUAGGUAAUUAUUAAUUAGAUUAAUUUUAAUCUAAUUAUGAUCAAUUAAUGGCGAGAUCGAUGGGAUUAACAAAUGGAGCAAUAAAAUCAAAACGUAUAAAGCAAGUGGGAUUGAUAUAGUAAUUACUAAUUAAAGACUAUGAUUUCG